CACAUGCAGCCCAGCAGAGAGAGCUCUUCUCUGCAGCAGGUAGCUAGCCAUGCCUAGCUAGAAUUCUUAUCCUGCUGGGCUUUUUCCUUCUGCUCGAGUCUUGGUCAGAAAAAGCAGGACUUUCAGAGACUUUCAAGUCCCCCGUCAGCCCUCUCUGAGCUGGACCGUCCUACGGGGCAACAUGGGGGAAAGACGGACACGCUCCUUUCACACAACGUGCCACGUGCAACAGGACUUCGGCAACAGACUGAGGAGUUCCUUCAUACACUACAGUCCCAAUGGAUACGCCAGCACGAGGCUCAGCCUGGAUCAGGAGGUGGACGCUAACCUUGCAACCUCCACUGGCAGUUUGACCAGUAGCCUUGCUGUACGGGCUCCUGCGCCUGACAGAAGCCACUACUCUCCUGUUUCACUGGAACUGGACCCCACAGCGGUGAAUAAUGGAUCAGGCAUUCCCUGCUGUCCGCCAGCAGACACAAAGGACCCGGCGCUGCAGAUCAUAGAGAGCCAGCCCUCUGUCAUCCCCGUCCCGCCACCUCUUCCUCGCUCGAGCUGGCUGCGUCAUCAUCAAAAGGAAUUCCAGAGCCCGUACAUCAAGACUAGCAUGCAGGGGGAUGUUUACAACUUCUUAGAGAGACCUGCUGGACUGAAAUGCUUCCUCUACCACUUUCUUGUCUUCCUCAUGGUCCUGGUGUGUCUAAUCUUCAGUGUGCUGUCCACGAUAGAACAAUAUGCAGACUUUGCCACUGGAACCCUCUUCUGGAUGGAGAUUGUGCUGGUGCUGUUCUUUGGCACGGAGUAUGUGGUCCGGCUGUGGUCGGCAGGCUGUCGAAGCAAAUAUGCAGGCAUCAAAGGACGCCUCCGCUUUAUCAGGAAGCCCAUAUCAAUCAUAGAUUUGAUAGUGGUCAUUGCCUCCAUCAUUGUGCUCGGCGUGGGCUCGAAUGGCCAAGUGUUCGCCACGUCAGCCAUCAGGGGCAUCCGUUUCCUCCAAAUCCUGCGCAUGCUGCAUGUGGACCGUCAGGGAGGAACGUGGAGGCUCCUGGGAUCUGUAGUCUUCAUCCAUCGACAGGAGCUGAUCACCACCCUGUACAUUGGCUUUCUGGGCCUGAUCUUUUCCUCCUACUUUGUCUACCUGGCGGAGAAGGAUGCUGUAGAUGAGGAGGGCAAGACGGGCUUCUCCAGCUACGCUGAUGCUUUGUGGUGGGGCGUGGUGACUGUUACCACAAUCGGCUACGGAGACAAAAUUCCUCAGACGUGGAUCGGCAAGGCCAUCGCCUCCUGCUUCAGUGUCUUUGCUAUCUCUUUCUUCGCUCUACCUGCUGGUAUCCUGGGCUCCGGGUUUGCCCUGAAAGUUCAACAGAAGCAGAGACAGAAGCACUUCAACAGACAGAUUCCUGCUGCAGCUUCCCUCAUACAGACACUCUGGAGGUGCUAUGCAGCGGAGAAACCGAACGGCUGUGCUGCUACAUGGAAAAUGUAUGUUCUAACUCCAGAGGGUGUCGCCGCAGCAGAAUCUGGUACUCACACCAGGAAGCUGAACAUAUCGAAAAAGGGGACCAAGCGAAGGCUGAAGCCCAGAGGAAAUGGCGCCAUGGGCGUGGCCUCAGAGAGAGCUGUAUCCAUCCCUCAGAUCACAUACGAUCACAUCGAUGACUCUGUGGAGAAGAAAGAUGUCUCGUUUUUCCUCGAAGAGCCUCGAGUGACUGUUGACGGAAUCACCAUGAUGCUCAGGCAAACAGGCCCUCCUCAACAUUCUUGGUCAUCUUUCACUCUGAGCUCCCCCGGCUCUCCAGUGAGGAAAAACGAAGACAACAGCACGUCUCUCGACAUCUCUCGCGCAAACAGCUUAACUGAUGAGCUCGACUACAUGAGUGAGGACAUUCCCCUGCCUGUGGUGACGGGCAGAGCUCAGCUGUCCCAUGAGCAGCAGUCGGCGGUAAAAGUCCUCCGCAGAAUGCAGUACUUCGUUGCCAGGAGGAAAUUUCAGCAAGCGCGGAAGCCCUAUGAUGUGCGAGAUGUGAUCGAGCAGUAUUCCCAGGGUCACCUCAACAUGAUGGUUCGGAUCAAGGAGCUGCAGAGAAGGCUGGACGGCACUCUGGGGAAGCCAGGAAUGUUUCUUCCAGGAAAAGGGGAAGAUAAAGAAUACCCGACUAUCGGGGCGCGAAUGAUCCGACUAGAAGAUAAGGUCGAUAAGAUGGACCAGAAAAUGGACUCAGUCCUGCGGAUCCUGAAGGAGCAGUUCCCACCCAAGCCAGAGUCCAAACCCUCCAUCCGUAGGGUAACCAUCCAGAAACGCAUGGGUGCCAGCAUCGACGAAGGGCCCUGAUGUCACAGAGACCUUCACAUUGGGACAAUUAAAGAACCAGGAGUUGAUAUAAACAGCCUCCUAUGUGUGGGGCAGCUUACAAAUAGAAAGGGGACUCAGUCUUCCGAAACCCCUCCUUAUCUUACUUUUGCAAUCCCAAAUUUUGUUUUUGACCUUUGACCCCUGAGACGAGAACAACUUUUAAUUGUCCACUUGACUCAUUUCAGACAUUAGGGCAAAACAACCACUGUGAGUGGGAUUGAGGGUGUAGAAAACAGGCUGAGCAACCUCUUCCUCUGGAUGAUUGUAGGCCUCGUACGGGUCCUUUUUCGUUACUUCAGUGUAGCUUACCCCUCUGCUAGUAUUGCGGGCCCUCAGUCUGCGCCUGCAGUCAUUUAUUUCACUAUAUUAGCCUCAUAAUCACACUUCUCUAUGAUGUAAAUUUAUGUGUGGCCUGUCACUGAGCUGCAUUCCUCCACUCCAAAUAUUAUUCCAAAGCUAACUAACCCCGUAAUGAAGUCGUAAUGCAAUCAAAGAACCUAAGUUCCCCAAAGACACUGGGAAAAAAAAUCUAAGUCAGCCAUGGCAGAGGCAUUCCUCAAAUCCUUCUGAUUAUCUUGGCACCAUGUACCCACCCAGUACACAACAGGGCUAUUUCCAUAGACACGUAUCCAUCUAGCCUAACUGUACUUAGGCUGCAGCGGGUGUUUGUUAGUAGUGAUCGAAUAACAUGAGGAGGGAAGGUUAGAUUAUCUGUUGACUUUGCCCUGCAUUAGCGACCGGAAGGCUGGAGUAAAAGAAAUGGAACUAAAGAAAUGUGUCUGGCCUUGGCUGGGUGGCUAAGAUGGUGCUGAUUUACAGCGAGGUUAGAGCUAAUAAAAAUAGCCAAACUGCCGUGACAGGACCUGUUUUCUUGAGGUUUUCACUGGGAGUUUUCAUAUCAUUAUCAAUCUCAAACUCUUUUAGCAGGACCACUAGUCACACUACCACCAGGGCUCUGCUUAAUAUCUCCUCAUACCCUCGUCAGGGCACUUAGACUGCUGUGUUCCAUUUGAAAUAAAUUUGCCCCAUUAAAGCUCUGAUUAUUUUUUCUCUCCUGAGCUAAUUAAGUGCUGAAUUCCUGGUAAGGGGAGAUUACCGACUGUGAGCGACUAAUGAAAAGAAACACUGGAAAAUGUGCAGAAUUUAAACAGUGAGCUUUGAGGAACAGGCACACUAAUUCUGUGUGAAAGGUUUGGAAAUAUCAGGCUACCACCGAGAGCAGCUUUUUCACGUUGUUUCCACACUCGUAGUAUGUAUCUGAGAGGGUGCUGAGGCGUGUAAGAAGAAGGAAAUAAGAAAUAAGUCAGCUAUGUAGCUAUUGUAUGAAAGGCCUCCCAUAAUUAUAGCAUGCACAUUCCUAAAAAGAGGAUGCACACACAAAGGAGGGAUGAAGCGGAAAGAGAAGAGUCUUUUUCUCUGCCCUCACAUAUAUUUUCAUAUUUUUGCAGUGGUUGAAAGUUAGCUAUUAUUUAUCUUCUAUUAAGUAAAGUGAUUGUAUUAUAAAAGCACUCUGAUUUUGUGACAGACCUCGAUACAUAUCCGCCUGUCUGUUCUCCUGUACAGUUUUAUAAGAGUUGUAAAUAGAAACACUGCCUUAUUGUACUUACUGUAUUUAUUAUAAUGUGAAAAGAUCAACCUGGAACACGUUUGCUUGUUGGGGUGGUGAGAAACGCGGUGAGGCUUCCAUUUUUCAAAUGGAUCGAAAUGAUUGUAAAAUGGUAUUCACACACACCCUCUGCACUGUAGCUCUGCUGUAAAUAAUAAAACUCCAUUUCAUUA